UGAGGACGAGCAAGACAUCCGUUGGGUUCGCACAGGAAAUGUUCUUCCACGACAAGUGUUAUUUUACAGGAUAAACGACGAUUCAACUUUUUUUUCAGGAUAGUUUUUGCUUUAUUUUUUUUUUUUACGUAAAUCUGUGCCACGUUUGUGCCCAGUGUUGCUUUAAUAACCGAGUAUAGUCCGGCGUAGCUGAGUAAAAUGAAGAGACUGAUAGUAACGCCAGUGCUGCUCAGUUUUUUCCUGCUUUCAGAAGUGUUUUCGCUUCAGGUGACUGUGCCUCAGACGCAGUACAGCACAGGUCUCUUCGUUCCCGUCACGCUGGUCUGUGAUUAUUCCACUUCAGCAAACCCUCAGAAUGUGCUGGUCACCUGGACCUUCAAGUCUUUCUGCAAAGACCCUGUGCUUGAGUACUACUCCACAGCUUACCAGGCAGCUUUGCAGCUGGGUCAGGACCCAUCCAAUGACUGCCCAGACAGCCAGCGUACAAUCCGGACUGUGGCUCAGAAAUACGGCCCAAACUCACCCACGCUGGGUCCACAAUACAGCGCACGCAAAAUUACCAUCCAGAACAAUGCAGACCUGGUGAUCUCAGAGGUGAUGUGGUGGGACAACGGCGUCUAUGUGUGCUCCGUUAGUGCUCCUGGAGAUACAAAUGGAUAUCCGGACAAAUAUGUCAAGCUAAUUGUUUACAAUUGGCUGACCGUACUCUUCUUAAUCCUCGGGGCCUUGCUCCUCAUCUUGCUCCUUUGUAUUUGCUGCUGCCAGUGUUGCCCACAGAGGUGUUGCUGUUAUGUCCGCUGUCCAUGCUGUCCGGAGACCUGCUGCUGCCCUGAGAAAUUGGUGAUGCAACACAGGAUGAUGAAGGACGCAGAGAUGGCAAUGAAAUCCUGGGUUAAUGGACAGCCUCUUUACGCACCCCUGAGCUCUCACAGCUCUGCAUACCAAAUGAAUCCCAUGCUGUAUGCAGGUUCAGCAUCAGGAAAGAUGCCCAUGUCCCCCAUGCCCCUCCCGCCUCCUAUACAUUCUGGCCCUAUGCCUGUGAUGAUGCCCGGACACAUGCCCGGACCCAUGCCAGGACCUAUGCCAGGACCCAUGCCAGGACCUAUGCCAAACAUGGGAGGAAGAGACAGUGCUAAUAAAGUCUUGGAUUACCUGGAGAACCAGGUGAGGGACAUGGAUGUCACCAGCCCCCUGAUCCCACCUCCGCCUGUGCACAUGGUCCAAACUGUGCCGUUCUCUGCCGGCCCACCCAGCAUGCUUUCUGGAUUGGAUGACGGUCCUGCCUCCCGCCGGCAUUACCCGCCACGCUCCAAUGGCUCAUCCGGCUAUAAUCGUCAGCGCCAACCUCCUCCAUCUAGACGUGGCAUGACGCGCAGUUAUAGUCAGGAUAACGUGCUCGAAACCCGGAGCCAAGCGAGUUAUCGGCCUCGCUCACGAUCCAGAGAGGACCUGUUGGAAGACAGUAGAGGAUACUGGGAGUCUGGAAGUGAUGACACUGGCAGGCGAGGAGGUGGAUCUAGAGGCGUUCCUCGUGGUGGAGCCAGAGGAGCCCCUUCUGAUUAUCCACCUAGCUACAGCGAGUAUGAGCCAGGCCAGAAGCCGGCAAGGCGGCCUGAACGCUUCUCUGUUAAGAGCUCAAUGAGUGGUACAAGUGUUGUAAUCUGAAGUCUGUCUGCCUUCGACCAUUAUGGAGACUGUCACAAAGGAAAGUGCAAAGGAGAGCACUGCAUAGUGAAUAGUAUGAACUUAGUAGUAUGGUUAAAGGUUUGUAUCUAGUUUUUAAAUAAAUAUUGGAUUGGGCAUGACCAAAACUACAUUGAUACACCUACAGUACUGCCCCAGUUCAAAAACUUCUAAAGAAUUUGAGAAAGAUAAAGAUGUUGAAGGGUUUUUUCUCCUUCAUUAAUUAGGUAAGGCAAUUUUUUGUAAAUAAAUGCAUUUAAGCAUUUCGGCCAAUUUCAUCCCUACUGAAUUUCAACGCGAUGUUAAAUUCGGUGAUCUGAAUCCUGAGUCUGGAGAGUUGAAUAAAUGCUGUUUAUAACUUCAGCUUGCUCAACUUCUAUAACAUGAUGUAAUGCUUCUUAACCCAGUGUAUAUAACCAAAGCUUUUUAUAUCUAAACGGCACAUAAUUUUUUUUACUUGUUUAGUUUACUGCAAUUUAUGAACCCAUCAUUUUUAUGUAUUUAUUCUUGAUUUAUUUUUUUCAAUGCCUCAGAAGCACACUGUAAGUGAAGAAAUAACUUUUUUUUAAAUCAUUUAUCUUUAACAAACAGUUAUAUUAUAGAUUGCUUAUAGAUCGGUUAAUCUGUUAAAGUGAAGUAAAGAUGAAGUGAACCUAUUAGGUAUACUGUAUGUUCUUUAUCUGUGCAUUUUAGUGCCUUUAUUUGUUCCCUACUUACGUGUGAAUAAACAUUUUUGUUGUUUUAUACUUUGUUUCAUUAAGACGUGUGUGCAUGUUAUAUUAGUGAGUUGUCAGACAAAAAAAAGAGAAUUUUUUUUUUCAAAAACAGAAUUUGAAAUACAAAUUUCAACAGAAGAAUGGAUUAUUAACAUGUAUACGGUGGAAGGAUACAUUUGUAAAUUACUGUCAUGAACAUUGUCACUGUAUGUGUAAUAA